CUUUCGCAGCACUGCUGUCAGAAUUGCUUCACUUCCGUUUUGUGUUUGCCAGAUACAGGACUGCGUACUCAUCAUACAGAACAGCGAAUUGGAGUUGGAGUUAAGCGAAAAGAGUCUGGAAUAUCGCACGAAUCCUAAAACGUGCGGAACGAACACAAAGGAAGAGGAGGAACCUGGUGUGCGUGUGUGUACGUGUGUGUUAGUGUGUAUGUGUGUGUGUGAGCUGUUGGAAGCACGGAGCAAAGUGGUGAGAAAAAAUUCAAGCCACCAGCUGUAGGCAAAAGAGGGAGAAAUAGCGAAGCAAGACAAAGAGGCAACGAAGUACGCGGCUUCCUCUCGACAGCAAUCGAAAAUUAGCAACAAAAAACCCCAAUAUCUGAAAUCGCUGCUACUACUUCUACGUCGACGGUAGGGCCUAAGAUCUGUCCGCGCAAUACAGCGUGCACGUCGCAUCUCGUCCAACCCGACCGAUCGGCUGACUGAGUGGGGAAGUUCUUCAACCCCAACAUCCCGGACGUCCAAUGUCAGAACCUCAGUCGUCCCUGCUGCUUAAGAAACAACUGGCGGAGCUGAGCAAAAAUCCUGUGGAAGGAUUUUCAGCCGGUCUGAUCGACGACAAUGACAUCUUCAGAUGGGAAGUACUCAUCAUUGGACCUCCAGAUACUCUAUACGAGGGCGGAUUCUUCAAGGCACACCUCCACUUCCCGAAGGAGUACCCGUUGAGACCGCCGCGCAUGAAGUUCGUCACAGAGAUCUGGCACCCGAACAUCGACCGCAAUGGUGACGUUUGCAUCAGCAUCCUGCACGAGCCGGGCGAUGACAAGUGGGGCUACGAGAAGGCAUCGGAGCGCUGGCUUCCGGUGCACACGGUCGAGACGAUUCUAAUAUCGGUCAUUUCGAUGCUGGCCGACCCGAACGACGAGUCGCCGGCGAACGUGGACGCGGCGAAGGAGUGGCGAGAGGCGUAUCCGGAAUUUAAGCGAAAGGUAGCCCGGUGUGUUCGGAAGAGUCAGGAAGAUUGUUAGUAGCAUUUAUAAUACUUUUUUUUUAAAUUGUCUUAUAUUUAUUAAUUAAUUAAUGUACGGAUUACACUUACCUAAAAUGAACGAAAGAAAGGCAUUGAAGGAUCAAGUAUCGCUAUCACGUCUA